AUGACAACAUUUGACUUCUCGGACGUGGAGGCGUUUUUGGACUGCCAUCCGGAUCUCUUCGAGGAGUAUCUCGUUCGGAAGGCGAAGUGUGAUCAGGUUAGCAGGUGGUUGAAGGAGCAUCAGCCGUCGAAAGUGUCCACGGCCGAGGAGAAGCUCGGCGCUGCCAGGGAUCCGCUCUGGCCGACCAACCCAGACGGGCUCCGGCGCAGAUCGUCCCACAUGGAGCUGCGACGGAACUUCGCCCGCUCCAAAGCCACCCAUGCACACCGGACCUACGACGAGCAUGUGAGCCUGAGCGAGCACGAGUCCCAGUCCACAAUGAGGCGCCGUGCGCUCCUGCGUAAAGCCAGCUCCCUGCCUCCGACCACCGCGCACAUCCUGAGCGCCCUGCUGGAGUCCAGGGUCAAUGUGCCCCAGUACGCGUCCAGCGCCAUCGACUACAAAUACAGACUCAAGGAGACCAACGAGAGGGAGUUUUUCUUGGAGUUAGUGAAGGACAUCUCCAAUGAUUUGGACCUGACAAACCUGAGUUAUAAGAUCCUGAUCAAUGUGUGUAUCCUGGUGGAUGCAGACAGGUGUUCGCUUUUCCUCGUCGAGGGGCCCGCGCACAAGAGGACACUGGUGUCCAAAUUCUUUGAUGUGCACUCGGGCACCACAGUCAGGCCAUCCUCCAGCACACUAAACUCCAAUGAGGUGCAGGUGCCCUGGGGAAAGGGGAUCAUUGGAUAUGUGGCAGAGCAUGGAGAGACUGUAAACAUCCCAAAUGCAUAUGAGGAUCACCGCUUCAGUGAUGAGAUAGACAAGUUAACAGGCUACAAGACUCAGUCCAUCCUCUGUAUGGCCAUCUGUAACAGUGAUGGAGAAGUCAUAGGUGUUGUACAAGCGAUCAACAAAAAUCCAAUGGGCACCCCCUUUACUGAGGAUGAUGAGAAGGUGCUGCAGAUGUAUCUACCAUUCUGUGGAAUAUCGAUUUCCAAUGCCAAGUUGUUUUCGGAGUCUCGCAAGGAGUAUGAAAGGAGUAGGGCUCUGCUGGAGGUGGUCAACGACCUGUUUGAGGAGCAGACCGACCUGGAGAAGAUUGUCAGGAAAAUUAUGCAGCGAGCCCUGACCCUCCUGCAGUGUGAACGCUGCUCUGUGCUUCUCCUGGAGGACAUCGACUCACCUGUUGUGAAGUUCUCCAAGACGUUUGAACUCAUGUCUCCCUUGUGCAACAUGGACCGUGACAUCAGCAUGGAGAAGCUAUCGUGUUCUGAUUGGCUGAUCAAUAACAGCAUUGCUGAGCUGGUGGCUUCGACAGGACUGCCUGUUAACAUCAGUGACGUGUGUCAGGACCCACGCUUUGAUGCUGAGGCAGAUCAGGCCUCAGGGUUUCACAUCAGAUCAGUGUUAUGUGUCCCUAUCUGGAAUAGAACUCAUCAGAUAAUUGGGGUCGCACAAAUUCUGAACCGACUGGACAGGAAGACUUUCAAUGAUGCAGAUCAGAGACUAUUUGAGGCAUUUGUGAUAUUCUGUGGACUUGGAAUCAACAACACUAUGAUGUACAAUCAAGUUAAGAAGACUUGGGCCAAGCAGUCUGUAGCGCUGGAUAUGUUGUCCUACCAUGCUACCUGCUCUAAGGUAGAAGUUGACAGACUCAAGGCAGCCAAGAUCCCCCUGAGCAGCGAGUUAGGCAUCGAUGAGUUUCACUUCAACGACUUCUCUUUGGACAAUGACGCAAUGAUCACUGCAUCGCUCCGAAUGUUUCUGGAACUUGGUGUCGUGCAAAAGUUUAAAAUUGACUAUGAGGUGUUGUGCCGCUGGCUUCUGACUGUGAGGAAGAACUAUCGAACUGUGGCGUAUCAUAACUGGAGGCAUGCUUUCAAUGUGUCCCAGUGCAUGUUCGUUAUGAUCACAACAGCCAGUUUUCAGGAUGUCCUGUCAGAUGCAGAGAUACUGGCCCUGAUGGUCGGCUGUCUGUGUCAUGACUUGGACCACCGCGGCACCAACAACGCAUUUCAAGCCAAGACAGGUUCUGCUCUGGCUUUGCUCUAUGGGACGUCAGCCACCCUGGAGCAUCAUCAUUUCAACCACGCAGUCAUGAUCCUACAAAGUGAGGGUCACAAUAUCUUUGCAAACCUCUGCUCCAAAGAGUAUAGCAACAUGAUGCAACUAUUGAAGCAGGCUAUUCUCUCCACAGACCUUACUUUGUACUUUGAGCGCAGAACUAAGUUCUUUGAGUGUGUUCUGUCUGGAGAAUUCAGCUGGACUGAUGAAGGACACAGAGAAGUUCUAAGGUCUAUGCUGAUGACAGCAGGUGAUCUGGGCGCCGUCACACGUCCUUGGAAGAUAUCCAAACAGGUUGCAGAGCUGGUGACAAGUGAAUUCUUUGAACAAGGUGACAGGGAGAGGUCUGAGCUUAAGUUGACCCCGGCGGCGAUAUUUGACCGUAAUCGCAAAGAUGAACUGCCCGCCUUACAGCUGGAGUGGAUAGAUGGGAUCUGUAAACCGCUUUACCAGGCACUGCUGAAGCUUAACAGGAAGUUGCAGCCGAUGGUCAAUGGGAUUGAGGCCAAUCGAAAGAAGUGGCAGGAACUCUGCUCAUCCUACCAGCAGACAUGCAGAGUCUCAGUGUCCAGUCAGAGUACCGAAUCAGAUCAGGGUCCUAAGUCCCAUGUGGACAAAGAAACCAAUCAACACCUAGAGUCCACAGAGACUGUGAAGCCAGUCGAAAACGGAAAGUUUGGAUCAAAGUCUAAGUGUGAUAAUCAGCCAGCAUCAGCUGGCAUCACAACAUUGGCAGAAAAGAAGUAA